AUGCAAUCAUCAAAAACUAGUCAUGAUUUAUAUCAAGAAGAAAAUGAAUUGAAUCAACAUAGACCGGUCAAGCAUGUUCGAAGCCAUGAUAGUCAGGAUAAAAAGCGUCAACAUCAACACAGACAACAUUCACCGAUGCGAAGCAAUCGAUUCACGCCUUCUAACUUUCGACAUUCCAUACGCAAUCUAACUUCAUGUACUUUAAUAAGACGAAAAUCUAAUCGUACAUCGGAUGAUGAGGAUUCAAAUACAUUGAAGGCUCAAUCAAAUUGUGCACUCAAAGAUGUUUCUCACCAAUCAUCAAAAGCUCUUCUCAUCUCAACAAAAUCUGCUUCAACAUCACCAUCAAAUAAUAAAUAUAAAUCUCGUAGUAAGUCAUUAUUACCAUCUACCAAUGAUAGUAUUCCAUCUGGUACAAAAAAAGAUAAGUCACCAGGCCAAAAGAAAAGUGUUGAAAUGCCACCCAAAGUAUCGAAUACACCUUUAAUCGAUGCCUCAUCACAAGUGCUAUCAACUACAAACGAUGAUAUGUUACUACCAAACUCACGUAUACUAUCCGGCAAAGAGAUUAGUACAAGUCUAGUUAAUCUGAUGGGUACUGCAUCCGAUUCAGCCCCUAUUAAUAAUACAACACAAAUGCCAACUCAUCCAGCUACACAUAUUUCAUCGACGUCAGCUGCUUCAGUUGAACGAAUAGGAUUUAUCGGACCUUCGUCUAAUAUUGGUAGAUCCGGUAUGAUGGAAUCACCGUCAACACAACGAACAGUGGACACAGGAAACAAUCACACAGGAGGCGUAUCACCAAAUUCACAUAAAAAAUUAACAAAUCAAUAUACAUGGUCUUGUGAAAGUUCUGCUACAGUUCAUAUAAAUACCGCAAUUAGCUUCGAUGAAUGUUUACCACAUCUUGAAAUUGAUGACAAACCAUUAAUAUAUCGUGAACAAUUUCAAUCAACCGAACAUUUUAAUUGGUAUGGUAUUAGCGAUACUCAUGGACCUGUUAUCAUAUCAUUCAAAUACUCAAAUGAUUCGAAUAAACAACGUUUUAUAAUGGCUAUUGUGCGAACUCGACAGCAAACAUCGAUCGAAUCAUUAUUGUACAUACCAUCCACAUGUUCUUCUAUUGAUAUUUUACGGCGCAUAUGUGAACAAUGUGCCAUCACUGAUAUUGAAUAUUUUGAUCCGGUGCUUUGUGAUGGGACUCAUGAUUUACUCAUAAAAUAUGACGAAUCAUAUGUAUCGAACAGGCAUAAAUUCGGUAUCAUAUAUCAACGUGAAAACCAAUUGACAGAAGAAGAAAUAUUUAGUAAUGAAACGCACAGUACUGCUAUGGAUAAAUUUCUUGAUUUUAUUGGUAGUCGUGUUAAACUAAAAGAUUUCCAAGGAUUUCGCGGUGGUCUUGAUAUCAAAUCUGAUCAAACAGGAACAGUUUCGAUUUAUGAAAAUUUUAAUAAUCAUGAAAUAAUGUUUCAUGUCAGUACAUUAUUACCUCAUUCAAAAAUAGAACGACAACAAGUAGAACGUAAACGUCAUAUUGGUAAUGAUAUUGUUGCGAUAGUUUUUCAAGAAAAUGAAACUAAAUUUAAUCCCGAAUGUAUUGCAUCACAAUUUCUACAUGUUUAUCUUGUUGUAACGCCAUUGAAUGAUGAUGGUACACAUUUUAAAGUGUCUGUAAUUCAUCGUGAUAACGUACCUUCAUUUGGACCAGUUAUAAAUCAUUCAAAUUCAUUUAAUUGUGAUCAUACAUUUAAACAGUGGUUAUUAACAAAACUAAUUAAUGCUGAAAUAGCUUCGUGUAAAACAAACACUUUUCAAAAAUAUCAAGAACGUACAAAAAUGCAGUUAUUUGAGAAUUUGUAUCGUACACUACAUGAUAGUAAUCGUUCAUUGAUGAGUUUUAUAUUUAAUAGUAGCCUAUAUAAACAUGAAUGUGAGAUUGAACAACAAAAAGAAGAUGCUCAAAUGUAUUCUUCACCAAAAACAUAUGAUCGCCAUACAGAUAAUUCAAUACUUGGCUCAGUAAGACGUCGUCUUAUUGCACCAAAAUUUCGUGCACAACAUUCAAUUACGCCACCACCACCACCACCACCACCACCGUCAACAACAAUUAUUAUUUCAACACCCACACCGAAUGAUUCAAAGACGAAAACAUCCAUAAUGUCAAUGGACUUGAAGCACAGUGUAUCCAAAGAAUCAAUGACAAAUAAUAGUAAUAAUGGAAAAAAAGCUUCCAUGUUCUUUCUAUCAAAGAACCAUAUUCCACCUAUGGAUAAAUCAAAUACGAAUCGCUUAUUACUAGAUACUGAAAAUGUUGAGUUAUCAUUAAGUCCUCGUUCAAAUUCGAAAUUUUUAUCACCAGCAACAAGUCCAUCAACACCGUCCAAUUAUUUUGACUAUAAUGAAGAGUCAUAUUCAUUUGCAACAUCAUUUUAUUUUAAUAAACUAUCUAUGAAUCAUAUUGAUUCAAACACUCGUCAUGAAUUAUCACCCGAUCAUCUACAAUCUUCAUCGAAAGAUGAUCUAAUUAAAUUUGUUAUUGCAUUGCAGCAACAUCAUUCAACAAAAUUAGCUCAAAUGGAUGAAAUUCAUUCAAAAGCUUUGAAAGAACUUGAGAUCCAAUUAACACAACCGAGAAAUAUGAUUAAUGGAGAUACGUCAUCAAAUUAA